CGAACAUUGGAGGAAGCUCAUCCUGUAAACAUUUCAACCUUAAAACUGUGAAUCACCGUCAUUCUCCCUCUGACUACUUAAGGCGCACGUUUCUUCUCAGAAAUAAAAGAAACCAUAGCAUAUCUUCAGGACAACUGAUUUACUUCUUGACCGCCCAUAUCUUUCGAGUCCCGCACCCACGAUAUCUCGAAAUCGACUGCGUACCAAUAAACCAUUGUCACCAUGUAUUCAGGCUUCGGCGGCGGGUUUGACCCCGCUAACCCUGACCACCUCUACAACAUGGCCCGCCAUGGACGACGACCCAUUGUGCAACGAUUCGACGAGUACUACCGAUGCUACCCCCUAGUCAUGGCCCCCGGAGCUGAACGACCAGAGCUCAACUACGGUUCCAAGAUAAUUCUGCCACCAUCCGCUCUCGACAAGGUGUCUAAGCUCCAUGUGCAGUGGCCUUUGCUCAUGGAGUUGAUCAACGGAGAGAAGGGAAGACACUCCCAUGCAGGCGUGCUGGAGUUUAUUGCGGAGGAAGGCCGAGCAUACAUCCCUCAAUGGAUGAUGGAAACUCUUGGCAUGGACGUCGGUGAUAUGAUCCAGGUCCGUACCACAUCCUUGGAGCUGGCCAAGAUGGUCAAGCUACAGCCUCAGUCUGUCAACUUCCUUGAGAUUAGUGAUCCCAAGGCUGUGCUGGAGAAGGCUUUCCGCAACUUUGCCACCCUGACCAAGGGCGAUGUCUUCAAUUUCGCCUACAACGAUGAAGUCUAUGACGUGGCCGUUCUCGAUGUUAAGCCCGAGACGGACAAGAUGGGAGUCAGUAUGAUCGAGACCGAUGUGUCAGUAGAAUUCGCGCCCCCAGUGGGCUACGUCGAACCUGAGCGCAAGAGUGGAACAAGCACCCCAAGAAGCACACGGGGUGGUGUCCCUGCUGGAGGUCUGCUACACAACCAAGGAACCAUGGCGCAAGCCAUCAACUACAGCGCCAUUGCUCCAUCAGUGACAAGCAAUGUGACAAACUUCCUUGGAGAGGGUCAAAAGCUUGCCAAGAAGGGCAGCAAGGCUCCGACACCCAAGCCAGCUACUCCGGUUCCUACGAUUGAGAUUCCGGGAAUGCCUAGGAGGCGCGAUGGUGCGCCGGCAGCUCUCCGUUUGCCACCUAACAAGCUAUUCUUCGGAUACGAGAUCAAGCCAGUUAAGACGGAUGCUGAUAAGGAACAUGAGAAGGAGAACGCCAACAGGCCUCACUUUGCUGGCCAAGGUCAGACACUUCGAGGUGCGGUUAAGAGAAAGGGAGAGGGAGACGACAAGACCAAGGCCCCCGAGAAGAAGGGCACCAGCGAAGGAAACAGACUCGACGGUCGACGACCACGAUAAACAAGGGCAAUGCGAUAACUUGGACCGGCGUUUGGGUGGUAGGGAAUGUGAUUUAGAGCUUGAUUCGACUUAUACUGGGUAGUCUGCCAUUUGAUGCCCAUAUUAGUGACUACUGUCAACACGAAUGAAUAAAAAUAAAUACAUGCAGGAU